AUGGAUUCAAUAGAAGAAAUACAUAAUAAUACAAAAAUACCAAUAAUUGAUAUCGGUGGAUUGAGUGAUGAGAACAAUAUUGAAGAGUGGAAGAGAAUCUCCAAUCAAAUUGAUGCUGCAUCUAUUGAAUACGGAUUCUUUUAUGUGAAGAAUCAUGGAAUUCCAAUGGAGAGAUUGGAUCAAAUUACCGGUGGAUGCAAGGAUCUCUUCAAUAUGCCUUUGGAGGAGAAAAUGAAAAUCGAUAUCUCCAAGAGUAUCAAUCACCGUGGAUAUGGAUGUGUCUACUCGGAGCAAUUGGAUCCCGAUAUGAAGCCAGACCUAAAGGAAACAUUCUCUAUGGGAAUAAACAUGACUGAAGAUGAUCCACUCUACUACGAUGGCUUGAACGGACCGAAUCAGUAUCCUGAAUACCUUGGAGCGAAAUGGUCAGGGAUGAUGGAAUCGUACUUCUAUGAAAUCAUGGAUGUCUCCCUAAGAAUCCUGAGAGCCAUAUCAUUUAAAUUGGGUGCCCCAUUAGAUUAUUUCGAUACGAAAUAUGACAAAACUGUCAGCUCCUUAAGAUUAAUACAUUACCCACCGGUCCUGAAAAGACAAGCUAAUAUCUAUGAUAAGGAUGUAUCGCCAGGCUGUGGUUCGCACACUGACUAUGGUUGCAUUAGUUUGCUCUACCAAGAUAUAGCUGGAUUGCAGAUUGAAAGCAAAUCGAAAUGGAUCGAUGCUCCUCCCAUUCCUGGAACAUUUGUUGUGAAUAUUGGUGAUAUGCUCGAGAGAUGGAGUAACAAUAGAUACAAAUCAACCCUCCAUAGAGUGCUCAGCCCAAUUAAUCAAGAUCGAUAUGUUUUCGCACUUUUCUCGGAACCAGCAUCCGAUGUGAUGAUUGGAUGUCUCCCUGGUUGCACUUCACCAUCAAAUCCUUGGAAAUAUUCAGAAAUUACAACCGGUGACUAUUUACACUCUAGAUUUAAUGAUACAUAUGCCUAUAGAAGAAAUGAAGAAGAUCCUAAAAAUUAA